UCUGAGGCGGCCGGUGUAGUAUUACGAACACGCAAAUUCCUUACAAAUCGUCUUUUAAAUCGUAAACAAAUGGUGAUAGAUGUUAUUCACCCUGGUCUUGCAAACUUAUCGAAAGACGAUAUUCGUGACAAACUUGCUAAAAUGUAUAAAGCCGAUAAGGAGUUUAUAUUCGUUUUUGGCUUUCGUACAGCUUUUGGAGGAGGUAGAUCGACGGGAUUCGGCCUAAUUUAUGAUAACCUUGAGGCUGCUAAAAAAUUUGAACCAAAAUAUAGACUUGUCAGGCAUAAACUUGCUGAACCAGAGAAAACCGCUCGAAAACAACGUAAGGAAAGAAAGAACCGUGCCAAAAAACUCCGCGGUACUAAAAAGACUAAAGCCUCUACUUCCAAGAAAGACAA